CUGCAAGCGACCACCACGACUGCGUGGAAGCAUUUAGCCUGGUUUUAUAGCAUUGUCCCCUAAAUAGCUCAUCUCGAUUUAUCGAUGACGCGGCGACAUUCCAGCCCGGAAAGACAAGAUGAAUCCGCAUUCCGGUCCCGCGACCCUGCCGCGGGGUUUCAAAUGUCCCGAAUAUGAAGCACCGAGGACGCCAGAACCGUUUCCCCAGACGGAUGACGUCCAGAUACCCUCUGCUCCGAGACCGCGCCUGAAGUUGAGGAGGCGCGUUGUCUCGCAGCUGUCGGCACCGACGCAACACUUUCUCGCCUCUGUCGCUGCUGCUGACGUCCCAAUACCGAGCAUCGAAGAGCCCGAGAUUGCCGCCGACGACUACGACACGAAUGCCACUUGUCCGUUUCCAGAGUUUCGCUACGAGCCCGAUGAGGGCGACAUGAAUUUCCUGAGGCCUCAAGGAAGGGGAUUGCCUGCUCCAAAGACUCCUGCGCCCGAAUUCGAAUCGUCGCUCCCUACAUCGCAGUAUCCCAAUUGGACAAUCGAUUCGAUCAGCAGCGUGGAAUCGACACCGGAACCGGACUAUGAAUCCAGCCGGCCGUCGACAUCGAGGUCGACGCAAACCAGCGCAUCAUCGUUCAGCCGCUUCUCGCUUGCUUCGGAGGACGACCACUAUGACAAUUAUGAUGUGGAGGAAGAGAGCAAGGACAAGGACAAUUGCCCUCUCACUCCCAACGAGGUUGUGCCGCUUCGCGACCCGGCAGGGCUUCGAGGAAAGGCAAGAAAAGCGCCGUGGACAAAGGCGAUGAGCGACCACCUGUGGUCGACAUUUAUGUUAUAUCUGCAGGAUCCCAAGGUUACUCCGUUUCGCAUGGGCAAGGGUUGCAUUCCGCCGCACGGUGUGUGUCUCCGCGUCGCGCGUGAGGCUAAAAGGAGCUGGAAGGGGUCCAAGGCCUGGUCAACACCGACCAACUCCGGCGAGGAUAGGAAGAGUGGGAGCGCCACUCCAACCGCAGAAAGCUCGGGCACGUUUAUACAGUGGCCGCAUACCUGUGCGGCCACCCGUGCGCAUCUGCGCGAGUUGUGCAGACUAAAGGCCGGUUCGUGGACCAACAACUACAAGUUUACCUCGCGCAACAUCACCCCGUUCACCCAGGCAGCUGCCCGUCACUGGAACCGUCGCUCGACGCCGGCCCGCUCGCCCGCCCCGUUCGCGACGCGGGACAUGUCUCUAUCGCUUGCUAUGAGCACGUCCGAGAGCAUGCAGCCCAACGGGCCCUUGGCUCAGCUUGCGGCGUCCCAUCCGGAACCUCCGGAGCCAACCCGCUCGCCCCCCCUCGCGGGCCAGACCCUACGUACUUUCGAAGGGGAGCCCUCGUUUGCCGAACGGCGCCGGUUGGGAUCUCCGUUCAACGCAAGCAGCUAUGGACCCAGCUCCUCCGGCUCUCUUGCCGCCGUUCUUGGUCUUACCGGCUCCAUUCCGCGCAGGCAGUCGCAGACGGUCGGCCCACGGCGGACUCUUCAAUCCCCCGUUCGUCUCAGCAGAUCCGGUACCCAGAAGCGGCGGCAUACGCAGUCUGGAGUUCCGCGCAAGCGGCCCAGCAUCGGCUCAGAUCUGUGGCUUGACCCCAGCUUUGGCGCUGCCUCAACAACAACAACAACAACCUCGUGCAAUUCAGAGAAGGCCGCCGCCACGUCGAGCCGCAGUAACAAAAUCUCUAUUCCCAAAAUUCCAUCGGUGCCUACGCUCAGCUCCUCAGCCAGCAUGCCGAACGUUGGCGGACAACGUGACGACUCGGUGCUGCUUCCCCCUCCUCGGCUCGGCUCCCCAUUUACUGGGGAAAGCACCAACUUCAGCUUUCCUCACCGGGCACACCGCAUGCACCAAGGCGCCAGCAUCGACCUCGGUGUCCUCGGCCGACCCUUUGCGACGGUUCAGCACUUCUCGCCCCCCUCGAACUCGCCAUCGACGCGCAACUCGCUGGCCGACCGCCUGGCCUACAUCGACCAGCGCCUCAGUGAGCUCCGGCAGCGCGACACGCAUCACCAGCCCGAGUCCCCCCUAUAGUCCAGGGGCUCAAAACACUUUAGAUCUACCCCGGAUAUUCUCCCGGUGGUGCCAUUCGCUUCCAUGUACAUGUUUCGCGCUUUGCGGCCUCGCAUAAGGAGAAC